CGGCCGCGGUGGUGCGUUAAGACUAUACUUUCAGGGAUCAUUUCUAUAGUUCGUUACUAGAGAAGUUUCUCUGAUCGUGUAGAGCACCCGAAACCACGAGGAGGAGGCGCAGCGUUCUCUCCUGAGCGUGAAGCCGGCUCUUGGUGUUGCUUCUGCAACUGCCAUUUGCCAUUGAUGAUCGUUCUUGUCUUCCCUUGGGAGGGCAAGAGGGAGAGGACGCAGUCUGAGUGGUUUCUUUAAGGUACAAAUAAAGGUAUAAUUGGCCUUUAACUAGCUUGAGCGUGUGGGUAGUUAUGCCGAUUUUGCUGUUCGCUAGUGUGGAGUUAUUUUCUUAUUUUAAACAGCAUGUUUCAGGAAAGGUUUCUUAACCUUGUGGAUUAGGCCCGGGUGGGCAUCUAAGGUCCAGCUCCAAGAAAGAGGAUGGUCCAUAGUAAAGAUAUAGCUGAUGACAAAGACUGGCUGUGAGUAAUAGAGUUGGUAUAGAAGAGGGAAACAUGGCUGAAGAUGAUGGGGUAGUUACUUAUUUCAAUAAUCCCAAAAUCCAAGCUUUCCUUUCUGCUAACACCUUUACAGUAACCGCUCAUGCAGAAGCCAAACCAUUCACAGAAAAGCUUCCUGGAAUAUCAUGUCAGCUUGGUGCUGACAGCUUAACAAGCUUUAGGAACUUAGCAGAACAAUUCCCUGGGCGAGUGUUGGAUAGCAAAGCCCCCAAACCAGAAGACAUUGAAGAGGAAGAUGAUGAUGUUCCACAUCUUGUAGAAAAUUUUGAUGACGCAUCAAACAAUGAAGCUAACUAAAAUCUUUCCUGGUUUUUGGAAGCUGGCAUGGAUCAGCUAUGUGGCUCCAAAGUUUUACCGACACAAAAAACAUCAACUGUUACUAGUUCAGUAACACAGAUAUUUUGUAUAUUAACAAUGCUG